AUGAUGUGUGAGAGGGAAGGUGUUGGGUACAGAUCCAUACCUAGAUCUCUAGCGAUUGAUGAUAGUCUGUAUGUGUCUGAGAUUAGUUCUCGUGUCGGGACGAAGAAGAGUAAAGGCGUUUUCGAGUUUCUUGUCUUCUUGUUGUUCUUGUCGGAUCUCGAUUUGGUUUUUGAUUGGUUCUUGUGGGAGUUUAGGAUCUCUCGGAUGCUGGUUUCUCCGUGUCCGUCGUCUGGAUCGCCGGCAUUGUGGGUGAGAUUGAGAGUCUCGUGGAGGAGAAGAGAGCGAGCUAGCUUUAAUGGAAGCAUCUCUGGUCUUAACGUUUUCGUCUUCUUCCUUUGCUUUUUAUUUCCCUUUAGGGUAGCAAACAUAACCGGACGGUUUAAAUUAAAAUUCAUGUAUCGCAGUUUGAUUCGGUUUAACUUGAUAUAA